GUAACUCCUGUCAUCAUUAUUGAACAUCGUCCUCAUUCAGCGUAGAGAUAUAGUAGCAUUCUUUUGCUUUAGUUGCACGACCAGCGUGAACUUUUCCUUUACUCUUGUUAACGUUUUCUCGCAAUGAAACGCUAAAAGAAUCUGAGAACUCAAUCGCUAUCUUGAGUCGACUUGCAGGCGGCAUUUGAGACCCCCAUUCUUGAGAGUCUUCUUCCAGUUCCGUUUGGACACCUUUGUCUAUCAGUUGAUUCAAAUAGCCAUGGACACAGUAUUUGUUCGGAAAUGGCCCCUGAUGGAAGUGGUGAUGGGCGUGCUACUCCUUCUAGGCUCACUUGGUCCGUCAGAGGCUUUCAAUGUCAAUGAUUGGCGACUUGAUGUGCUUCCACUCACGUUAAGAGGUGAGGAACUAGUCCAAGAAGAGCUGGCUUUGUCCAUUCAAUGUGUUGCCGAGGAGGGAGAGGAAGCCUGCCAAAAUUUGGAUCAAAGCCAUGUCAACGUCCAUUUUGAGGUGGAUUCCAAGUACUUUCAAUUCUGGAUCCAAGAGUUUUCCAACUACAAUUAUGACGAGGCAAGUGAUAUAUGGCUGGAAAGUGGGUAUGUUCCGAUGGAACUGGGAUCGGAGCGGAACAAUACCAUUCGAUUACGAUCGGCAAUGCUGGGUAUCUAUGCCCUCAAAUUCUAUUAUGAGGACGUCGAUGGGGAAAAACAAUACUUCCAGGCAAGUGUUCCCAACGAAGUGGAUGGAACAGACAUUUCAAUAGCGCGUCUGGUGAUGGCUCGAGACUCGGAGAAGUACAUGCAAUAUCUCAACUUCUUUUUUACUGCCAUCCUUUUUGUGGCACUCUUCUUCAUGGGCAUUGAAAUCGAUAUCAACAUCGUGAAACAAGUGCUCAAGAAACCCAUUGGACCCGCCAUCGGCUUCGUGUCUCAGUUCAUCUUUAUGCCCGUGGCUGCCUAUCUCGUGGGACGAUGGAUCCUCACCCAGGACUAUGAACGUUUGGGCUUGCUGAUUCUCGGCUCGUCGCCAGGGGGCGCCAACUCGAAUUUCUGGACGGCCAUGUGGGGCGGCGAUGUGAAUCUAUCUUGUACCAUGACCUUCAUCAGCACCCUGGCUAGUUUUGGGAUGACUUCCCUGUGGGUGUUCCUAUUGGGCGCCCAAUACACGGCUAAGGAUAUCACCAUGCCGUAUCAUAUGAUUGCCAUCUCACUAUUCUCAUUCAUCAUUCCUGUGGGGGCGGGCAGUCUGGUGAAGUGCAAAUAUGGAGAGAAGGCCGUGCGAGUCAAGAACUACGCGGCCAAGCCUUUCUUCGCCUUGUGCCUCGUGGUGAUGCCGGUGGUCGCUUCCUUUAGUAACCAGUACUACUUCUACUUGGUAACGUGGCGGCAUCUCGUGGCGGGAUUAUUGGUGGGUACCAUUGGUUACGUGACGGGCGCCGGACUAGCCGCAAUCUGCCGACAAGGGCGCCCUCAGAUCAUCGCCAUAUCUCUGGAGACUGCCAUUCAAAAUGGGGGGAUUGCUUUCGUGGUGCUAACCAUGACCUUCCCCAGUCCUUACAGUGAAAUUGGACUGUUCCCCGUGAUCUCAUUCUUUUUCUGUUCGACGGGUCCAAUCUUGUUUGUGGUGUUUGGAAUCUACGAGCUCUAUCGAUGCGCCACUGGCCAGCCCACGGCCUGGAGCGAAUGGCGAGCAGGGGUUAAAUUCAGGGCAGUGCCUGCUGAAGACGCAGAACAAGCCAAGACUGGCAAGGACCCUGAAUUCACUCUAGCCACAGACGACGACUCCAAUCCAAUUGUGAAGAACUUGGCUGGAACUUUGACGUUCAAACCAGACACUAGCCGAUGAAUACGAGUGAUUGCUAUACAAGGUGCGAUUCUUAUAAGAGCCCGUGAUAAUUUAAUAAAAAGUCUUGCCACAGCA